GCCUGAAUUAAAGCCCAUAUAUCCGAAAGUCUGCAGUGGGGAGAUUUCCCUAAAGUUCCAGGGAGGAGCCUUGGGAAGGCACAUCAGAUGAACCCAGUUCAGAAAGUGAGUCACACAGCGAGUCCUCAGCCUUCAGCUCAAGAUUACCCAGUCUGAAGUUCAGUCUUCUGGAGGAGUUUGCAGUUCUUAAACAUCCACCAGUUGUUGAAAGAGAUCCCCCAAGAAACAAGUCAGCACAGAUUGAAUCCCUGAAGUUGCGGCUCUCUGAGAAUUCUUGUUAAGAAUGGCUUUAGACCUCAGAAUCUCCUUUCAAGAUGAACCAUCCAGGAAGGAUCCUGGGUCAGAUAAUCUAGAGCUUAAACCCAGCCAAGGAUCUGCCAUCCAGGAGGGAGAGGGGAUCUCUGAGUUCCGGAGCACUCAGCUCAGCUUAUUUCAAAACAGCAAUAACUCAUGUGCAAGGCAGGAGCUGCAAAGACUCUAUAAAUUAUUUCACUCAUGGCUGCAGCCAGAAAAACACAGCAAGGAUGAAAUAAUUUCUCGUUUGGUCCUGGAACAGUUUAUGAUCAAUGGCCGCUGCGGUGACAGGUCCACUUUACAAGAGAAAUGGAAUGCAAGCGGCAGAAACCUGGAGAAAUUCAUGGAAGAUCUGACCGAUGAUGGCAUGAAGCCACCUGGCUUAGUCCACGUCCACAUGCAGGGACAGGAAGCCCUCUUUUGUGAGAAUAUGCCCUUAAGAGAAGUCAUUGUUCACUUCACAAAACAGUUGUCGACAGGAACUCCAGCAAGAGAGAACAUGGGGACACCUUUCUGGACUCCUCAAGAUACUUCCCUGGAAACAAGACAAAAAAGUGAAGGUAAAGAAAAUGGUGGCAACAUUUCUUUGAAAACAUGUCAAGUAAAUGACCGUAUUGCUAGUCCAAACAAUCAAAUACCUUUCCUACUCAUUAUCCAAGAAGAGAACAGUCCGAGGCCUGAAGAAGGAGGUGUUUGUUUGGAGAAUCCACUCAGCUCCAGAAGAGCAGGUCCAGGCCCCUCCAGGUCCCAGGAAGGGUCCCUGAAAGGACCCUCCUAUCAAGAUGUCAUUGUGGAGGUGGAACCAGAGUUUCUUUUCAAGCCAGACCAGGUCACCCUUGAGCCUGUUUCUACCCACCAGAGCACUGAGGGGAACUCUGCACGUGGGGAACACCAAGAAAGAUUCCACGGAGCCCCAAAAGUAUACAAAUGUGAGACGUGUCCCAAGAUCUUUAGGUAUUCCUCUCGGUUAAAAGUUCACCAGAAAAGACACAAUAAUGAGAGGACAUAUAUUUGUGCCGAGUGUGGCAAAGGCUUCUUCCAGGCAUCAGACCUACAUGUGCAUCAGAGGAUUCAUGCAGGAGAGAAGCCUUUCAUGUGCAGCAUGUGUGAAAUGGCCUUCAGCCACAAAACCAACCUUCGGGCCCACGAGAGAAUCCACACGGGAGAGAAGCCCUAUGUAUGUUCCCUUUGCCAGAGACGCUUCCGCCAGUCCUCCACCUACCACCGCCACCUUAGGUUUCACCAGAAAAUUGCCCUCAAAAGUGUUCCCUCCACGCUAAAUGCUUCCUUGGCUAUGGCCCCAAUGUGAUGUAUAGAAAUUAUGUAUGUGCGUAUGUUUAUUUCCAUAGUACUGCUCUAUAGAAUAUACUUUAUAAAAAUAAUUAAAGGGCUUCCCUGGUGGUGCAGUGGUUGAGAAUCUGCCUGCCAAUGCAGGAGACAUGGGUUCGAGCCCUGGUCUGGGAAGAUCCCACAUGCUGCGGAGCAGCUAGGCCCGUGAGCCACAAUUACUGAGCCUGCGCGUCUGGAGCCUGUGCUCCGCAACAAGAGAGGCCACGAUAGUGAGAGGCCCACGCACCGCGAUGAAGAGUGGCCCCCGCUUGCCGCAACUAGAGAAAGCCCUCGCAC